CUCCGGGGGCAGCGGGGGGCAGCGGGGGGCCAGUCCUUUGCUAGCGCGUCCGUCCGGAAACGCGGCGGCGAACGAACGAGAGUUCCGGGAUAUCUGAGGCUGCGCGUUGGCCCGGCAACGCCGCGGGCUUUUCGGCCGGGAGGACGCUGGGGGGGGAGUCGGAGCCCGAGUUCUCUGCUGUUCCCUGGCUUCAUGGGCUUGCAGAGCCCGGUCCGCCCCUUGUUAAUCCGGAAUGGCGUUUAAGUCUUCGCCCGCCUCGACCUCUGGGCCGCGGCCCUCCGUAGCACUGGCGUGGAUGCUCCCUUCACCCGGCCUUCGGGGACUCUGUUGCUGUUUGAUGGCGGCAGCCGCUGCUGGGUGAGCAGCCGGAGACUGUACCGUACUCCUCCCGUGGGGACAGGAUCGCUUUCUCCCGCCGUCGCCACCGCCGCACGGGUGGCGGUGCUUUUUCCUCUUGACCUCUCCGCCACGCUCCAAGGGACAAGAAGAUGCCACUGCCGUUUGGAUUGAAACUAAAACGCACCCGGCGCUACACGGUGUCCAGCAAGAGCUGCCUGGUUGCCCGGAUCCAGCUGCUCAAUAACGAGUUUGUGGAGUUCACGCUGUCUGUGGAGAGCACUGGCCAGGAGAGCCUGGAAGCUGUGGCCCAAAGACUGGAGCUGCGGGAGAUCACUUACUUCAGCCUCUGGUACCACAACAAGCAAAACCAGCGCCGGUGGGUAGAUCUGGAAAAACCUCUCAAGAAGCAGCUGGAUAAACACGCCGUGGAACCGACCGUCUAUUUUGGAGUGGUGUUUUAUGUGCCUUCGGUUUCUCAGCUGCAGCAGGAGAUUACCAGGUAUCAGUAUUAUCUGCAGCUGAAGAAAGAUAUCUUGGAAGGAAACAUUCCUUGUACAUUAGAACAAGCAAUUCAGCUAGCAGGCUUGGCUGUUCAAGCUGAUUUUGGUGACUUUGAUCAGUAUGAAUCCCAGGACUUUCUUCAGAAGUUUGCCUUGUUUCCAGUGGGGUGGCUACAAGAUGAAAAAGUAUUGGAAGAAGCAACCCAAAAAGUGGCCUUACUCCAUCAGAAAUACAGAAGGCUCACCGCUCCUGAUGCAGAAAUGCUGUACAUGCAGGAGGUAGAGAGAAUGGACGGCUACGGAGAAGAGAGUUACCCCGCGAAGGAUAGCCAAGGCAGUGACAUAUGCAUUGGAGCGUGUCUUGAAGGGAUCUUUGUGAAACACAAGAAUGGAAGGCCGCCUGUGGUAUUUAGGUGGCAUGAUAUUGCUAACAUGUCCCACAAUAAGUCCUUCUUUGCAUUAGAGCUGGCCAAUAAAGAGGAGACCAUCCAGUUUCAAACUGAAGACAUGGAAACCGCCAAGUACGUGUGGAGACUCUGUGUUGCACGACACAAAUUCUACAGACUGAAUCAGUGCAGCCUGCAAACUCAGACUGUCACAGUGAACCCAAUUAGGAGGAGGUCGUCUUCAAGGGUGUCCCUGCCUAAGCCCCAGCCCUAUGGGAUGCCUCCCCCACCCCAGCGGCAUUAUAAUGGACAUUAUACAGAACCAUACACUUCCUCCCAAGAUAACCUCUUUGCCACCAAUCAGAAUGGAUACUAUUGUCAUUCUCUGACAAGUCUGGAUCGAGCCCAGAUUGACCUCAAUGGUCGGAUCCGAAACGGCAGUGUAUACAGUGCGCACAGCACUAACUCCCUGAACAACCCGCAGCCCUACCUGCAGCCCUCCCCCAUGUCCUCUAACCCGAGCAUCACGGGCAGUGACGUCAUGAGACCCGACUACGUGCCGUCACACCGGCACAGCGCCCUGAUCCCCCCGUCCUACCGCCCGACCCCAGAUUACGAGACGGUGAUGAAGCAGCUCAACAGAGGAAUGGUGCAUGCCGAGAGACAGAGCCACUCGCUGCGAAACCUCAACAUCGGCAGCUCGUACGCCUACAGCAGGCCCGACGCGCUGGUCUACAGCCAGCCGGAGAUUCGGGAGCACGCCCACUUCGCCUCCCCGCAGUCGGCCCACUACCCGUUCAGCCUGAACUACAGCUUCCACAGCCCGUCUCCAUACCCGCACCCCGCUGAGCGGCGGCCCGUAGUGGGUGCCGUCAGUGUGCCGGAGCUGACCAACGUGCAGCUGCAGGCGCAGGACUACCCGGCCCCCAACAUCAUGCGGACGCAGGUGUAUCGCCCACCCCCGCCCUACCCGCCCCCGCGGCCUGCCAACAGCACCCCGGACCUGUCCCGCCACCUGUACAUCAGCAGCAGCAACCCCGACCUCAUCACCCGGCGCGUGCACCACUCGGUGCAGACGUUCCAGGAGGCCAGCCUGCCCGUGGCGCACUCCCUGCAGGAGGUCAGCGAGCCGCUCACGGCCGCCCGGCGCGCGCACCUGCACAAGAGGAACAGCAUCGAGGUGGCCGGACUGGCGCACAGCCUCGAAGGCCUGCGGCUCAAGGAGCGCACCCUGUCGGCGUCGGCCGCGGACCCGCCACCCAGGCCCGUCUCGGCUGGCUCCCAGCACGGCGGCUGCCCCGACAGGGCUGAGCGGCGUCCAGCGGACGAGCGGGGAGGCCUGGGCUAUGGCCACAAGAAGUCUCUCUCCGACGCCACCAUGCUGAUCCACAGCAGCGAGGACGAGGAGGACCUGGACGAGGAGAUGGCCUCGCUGGCGGUGCCCUUUCCCCACGCCCGUGUGCCCCGGGGCCACCACUCCCCGGAGCCCCCGCCGGGCCCCUCCCGCGGCCCCUGUGCUCUCACCCCUUCCGCGCCAGGCCCGGGCCCCGUGCAUGGCCGCGAGCCUGUGCCCCAGCUUGGGGAGGCCGGCCGGCCCCGCAGAGAGGGGCUGCUCACGCCCUCCAUGUCCGAGUCCGACCUCACCACGUCGGGGCGCUACCGAGCCAGGAGGGACUCUCUGAAGCAGCGGCCCGUGUCCGACCUCCUCUCGGGGAAGAAGAACGUCGUGGAAGGCCUUCCGCCGCUAGGGGGAAUGAAAAAGAGCCGGGUGGAUGCAAAAAAAAUUGGUCCUCUCAAAUUGGCUGCCCUAAAUGGACUUUCCCUAUCUCGACUGCCUCUGCCUGAUGAAGGAAAGGAAGUGCCUGCCAGAGCCACCAAUGACGAGAGGUGUAAAAUUCUGGAACAGCGGUUAGAACAGGGAAUGGUGUUCACAGAGUAUGAAAAAAUUCUUAAAAAACGGCUAGUUGACGGGGAGUGCUCAACAGCACGACUCCCUGAAAAUGCAGAAAGAAAUCGAUUCCAAGAUGUCCUUCCCUACGACGAUGCCAGAGUGGAGCUUGUCCCAACUAAAGAAAACAACACUGGCUACAUCAACGCGUCCCAUAUUAAGGUCUCUGUCAGUGGAAUUGAGUGGGAUUAUAUUGCCACACAGGGGCCGCUGCAGAAUACCUGUCAGGAUUUUUGGCAGAUGGUGUGGGAACAGGGAGUCGCCAUCAUAGCAAUGGUGACUGUGGAAGAGGAGGGCGGGAGGGAGAAGAGCUUCAGGUACUGGCCUCGGCUGGGUUCCCGGCAUAACACCGUCACCUACGGGAGAUUUAAGAUCACCACUCGCUUCCGCACUGACUCUGGCUGCUACGCUACCACGGGCCUGAAGAUGAAGCACCUGCUCACGGGACAGGAGAGGACGGUCUGGCAUCUCCAGUACACGGACUGGCCUGAGCACGGCUGUCCUGAGGACAUCAAGGGAUUUUUAUCAUACCUUGAGGAGAUCCAGUCUGUUCGACGUCAUACAAAUAGUACCAGUGAACCAAAGAGCCCCAACCCUCCGUUGCUGGUCCACUGCAGUGCUGGGGUGGGAAGGACUGGCGUCGUCAUUCUGUCCGAGAUCAUGAUCGCCUGCCUGGAACACAAUGAGGUGCUGGACAUCCCGAGGGGGCUGGACAUGCUGAGGCAGCAGAGGAUGAUGAUGGUGCAGACGCUGUGCCAGUACACGUUCGUGUACCGCGUCCUCAUUCAGUUCCUCAAGAGCUCCAGGCUCAUCUGAGCAACCACAGCUCAGGACGGGGACUGAUGGGGCGACACGCUGACAGCUGACGGGAGCGCCUGACUCAGACCUCCCCGCGGCUGCCAGGCUGGGCCACGAGUGGCACCUUGACGGCGCCUGGACAACGGUACCCGGAGGGAGACCUGCAGAGCCCAGGGCUGGGGAAGGGCUGACGGAGGAGGACAUGGUCCCUGGGGCUUUGCCCGCUCACGUCUGUCCGAUUGGCAGCACUUGCAUACUUUGUGGAGGUGGUUUUCCAGAUAGUUCUCUGUUGUACUGAAGCUGUGCAGGGCAACUCUGGCAGUCAGGAAGGUGCAUCAAUUUCUAGCUUGGAUGUCUUGGAAUUUUAUUUUAUGAUUAAAGUAUUUGGGGCUUUUUGGUGAGAAACUUUCCACGGGGAUGGUCCACAGGUGUGAAUAGUUCCCAUGUAAGUUUGUAUUUAAAACCAUUCUAUCUCUUGUUAUUUUUUUAAAAACUUUAACAGUUUAGUUACCAAACCUAAAAUUACAAGAAGAAUCUAAAAGUGUUAUUUUGAAACAUAGAAAGCAUUUUUAUAUUCAGAAAAAUUUUUAUUCUAGAAUAUUCUAUAUAUUUGUACCUUCUCUAUUUUGCAAACAAGAGUUCAACUCAUUAAGGUACUGAAAUGAACCCAUUACUGUAAGAGAAAGUCGGGAAUGAAGGCACAUUAUUGGAAAUGUAAGACAAUACUCAGAGUCACUAUUUUUUUCAGUAUUAUUUGUAAACCUAAACCAGUUUGAUCUGACUGGUUGAAACUGAAGUGAAAGACAGUUGCCUAGAUUGGUUUUAAGCACUUUGUUGUUAAAGACAAAUCUGAAUUUUAAUAUAUGUGUUUCUUGAUAGAUGAGACGCUAACAGUGGGUAUCCAGAAGUGUUUGGAUGUGAGAAGGGCUAAGCAUACGUGGGUGGUCAGGGCAGGGUAAGUGCGGUGUAAUUGCGGGACAGCAGGUGUGAGAUGCCUUUGACAGAAGUGCAGUAUUAACUCUGCUCCCCCUGAGAGGCUGGGGUGGAGAGUGGGGGCUGGGCGGUGGGUAGGUACCUGCCGGGAAGUUCAGGUCACUCUCUGUGACUCACUGUUUCCUUGGAAUUCUUACACCUGAACUUCUGUUCUUUUUGAUAAAGAAAGUCAGGUUUAUUUUAUCAUUAAAAGAAGCCUGGAAGAGGUUUUAUCUGCUGACUGAAAGAAGGGAAGAGUUAGUAAUAGUUUCACCUCAGUUCCCAAAACUACAGCCCAGACUACUUGUGGCUCCCAUAGAUUGCUGUUCUAGUCAAGAGAUGCUGGGGUUUUAGUUCCCCGAGCCCCUAACUUCACCGCUGAGGUCAGUGUUAGCUUCUCGGUUCCUCCUCCGUCCAUCGAUCGCAUCCUGAUGGCUGAGCUAGAGAGGGAGAAGGUGGCCUUGUCACAGAGGGACUUGAGUAUAAGGACUUAAUGGGUAUGUUUCACUGAGGAACCAUCUCAUUUUUCCUUUUGAGGUUGCUUCUCUAAAAUGCAGAGCUUCCAAAAUGCCACAUCUGGGGCUGUUCCCCUAAUGACAGUGUCCUAGGGAUGGUUCUGAUCUCCACGUUCACUCUGAAAGCAGUUUCACUCACAGUUGAACGUGACCACUGACUGUGUGUUGUCCACUGUGAGACAGGAUUUGCUUCAUACAGUGUGGAUUGGCCUGUCUCUGGGUUACCCAGAAACCAGCGCUUAAGUGGGUAAUUCAGGAGACAGUAGUGAAAACGAAUACUGGAAGUGGACACACUGCUCACUUUGGGAUAAAAUGUUAAUUUUAACCUGAAAUUGUUUUAAGAGUCAGGUUUAAAUAACAGUGGACCCAAGUGUAAAUAUUGAGAAAGAGCUUCCGGAGGAAUGAGAUGAGAGGUUUUUAUGAUCAUAUUUCCCAUCUCCACAUCGUGUAAAGGAUGGGAGUAUUUUCAGUGUUUUUUCUUCCAUGGUACGUUUUUUUAAGAAAUACUAUUCUGUCAAGUUUAAACAUUUUGAAGUGUCCCAUUGACAAGAACAUACUGUAAAACAAAAAUCUAAAGAAUAAUAUAUGGUAUAUUUGUGUUCCAGUUGUAAUAAUUACAAGUAGAUUACUUCUGAGGGCUUACUUACAGUAUUUAAAUGUCACUCUUAAAAUGUUGCAUGUUUGACCCUUGUGAAUAUUUAAACUUUUUCAGUUAGUGAAUGUGGAAGUAUUUCUGAAUAAAAAUCGAUAUUACUGGACUUUGAAAUAAUGUGAUCUUCAAGAACAAACUGUACAACGUUUAGGCUUCAUAGGUUUGCCACAUCUGAACCGAGGAUGUUGCUUUCUGCCAAACUUACGUAGUGCUUUGCUGUCCCAGUAUCUCUUAGUUCCUUGAGAUUCUAAAUUUCAUAGCAAAAUUACCAAAAUGUACAUUUUCACAAAAAGUAGGUUAUAAGCCAGUGUUUUCCAAUGGAUUGAUUUUGGCAUCUCUGUAUCAGUCUUCCUGAUGAGUGGGGUCUUUUGAGGACAUACUCUAGCUGAGAGUUUUGAGCACAGAAAGUACUCCUUAGGAAUGUCAAGUGCAAUCAUUAUUACUUACUUUCCUAUGGAACACCUGCUGUGAAGUAUUCUGAAAACCCUCGUAUUUAGCCUUUAAGACCCUUUGGCAGAAUUAAAACAGAAGGUGGACGGACCUAUGCUUCCUUGGAAGCUUCCAGAAAGAGGAAGGUCUAGGCAAAAACGCAGAGGAGGAGUAUGUGUCAGGGUGGAGGACUGAGUGAGGACAGCAGGCAGGCCAACUUUUCUGUGAAGUUUUCGUCGUCAGAAGAAAACAGCUCCUUCAGGAUGGGUUGAUAUGUUAAUAUUCACAACAUUA